GUUUGAAAGAAGAAUAUUAGCUAUCUGCCUUUGAUAUUCAGGUAAGAGUGUAACACACAAACUUAACCAAGUGGUUGAAGUCCAAAUUGGCACAACACGCAUAUGAAAUUGUGAUCAAGCUAGCAUCAUCUGCAUAUCAUUGCUUGCAGAGUGACUUCUUAAGCAUGAAGCUCAUUGCACGGUUAAGACGGAUCCAUGCUUGUACAUCUCUUCGUGAAAUUAUUGGGCCUCUCCAAUCUCGUUCAUUUCAACCUGAUUUUGUUCCUAGAGAUCCCAACGCCAAGCCCAAAAGAUACAAAUAUCCUGCUUCCUAUGAUCCUUAUGGCCCUAGGGCCCCACCAUCAGACAAGAUAAUUCAGCUUGCUGAACGUAUUGCUGCUUUAGCCCCAGAAGAGCGUAGACAAAUUGGCCCUACACUCAGGGAGAUACUAAGGCAUCCUAAUUUGAAACAAAUUUCAGUAGAAGGCAUGGAUUUGGGUGCAAUGGGAGGAGCAGGUGGUGGACCGGCAAAGGCUGAGGAGAAGAAGGCUGAGAAAACAGCAUUUGAUGUCAAGUUGGAGAAAUUUGAUGCAGCUGCAAAAAUCAAGGUGAUCAAAGAGGUUCGAUCCUUCACGAGUCUUGGUUUGAAGGAAGCCAAGGACCUGGUUGAAAAAGUGCCUGCUAUACUUAAGCAAGGAGUAACAAAAGAGGAGGCUAAUGAAAUAAUAGAAAAGAUCAAAGCUGCUGGAGGAGUUGCAGUUAUGGAGUAGUAACCUCUACUGGAUUUAGCAGGUUUCCUUGUCCGGCCAUCUUUUGUUAAUGUAAGGGAACAUGCCAAUUACCAUAGUUUAUCUGUGUUAGAAUUUCUUGCUUGGAUUAUGAAUUGAAAAAUUACCUUUGUUGGGCUAGGGCAGAGUAGGAGCUUCUAUGUUUGCAUUGAAGCUAUUAAUAAAUAUUUUGGAGUCAAUUGCGAGUUUACGAGGUUGAUGAAAGCAGCGACCCAGGGUAGUUGGUCCUCUGUGAAGUUUGCUUGCUUUUGUAGCUUUAAACCUAUGACGCCAUAUAGGGGUGGUGAUCAUUAACUUAUAAUCUGAUAUUCCGCUAAUUUUCAGAUAAUUUUUCUCUUAUA